AUGAGACUCAUCAAUUGCGCCACUGGCAAGCUGGAAACCGUGAGGGACUGGCCCAGAGGACAGCGACCGCCGUACGCAAUCCUGUCGCAUACCUGGACGCAGCAUCAUGAGCCCGAGGAGGUUUCCUAUAAAGAUUACCUCUCUGGCCGGCCGGCCACGAAAGAGAUGAACUGGGCAAAAGUGGACAACGCAAUUGGCAUCACGAAGGCCGACCCGCAGCGGCUGAACUACCUAUGGAUCGAUACCUGCUGUAUCGACAAGGACAGCAGCACCGAACUGAGCGAAUCCAUCAAUUCAAUGUUCAAGUGGUACUCAGAAGCGGCCGUGUGCUACGUCCACCUUGCGGACUUUGUAGCCCAGGAGAAAGCGGCCGCCGACAAGGACACUGACGAUUGCAGCAGCGAGGCCGUGCCGGGCUCGAGCGGUGCAGUGCUGGCCUCCAGACUGGGCAGGAGCCGCUGGUUCUAUAGGGGCUGGACGCUGCAGGAGCUCGUCGCGCCACGGGUGGUCAAGUUCUUCGACCGGGGCUGGCAGUACUUCGGGAGCCGGCAGGACCUUCGUUUCGAGUUGGAUUUCAUCACGGGCAUCGGCGAAGACGUCCUGGCGGAUCCGACGCACCCGCGGCUCACGCGGGAUGUCCAGAGCAUCUUGCGGGGGUUGCCGCUUGCCAGGAAGAUGUCGUGGGCGGCAACGCGGAAGACCACGCGAGAAGAGGACACGGCCUAUUCGCUGCUGGGAAUCUUUGGCGUGAGCAUGCCGCUGCUGUACGGGGAGGGCCACCGAGCGUUUCUGAGGCUGCAGGAGGAGAUCAUGAAGGCGCGCAACGACCUGUCGCUCUUCGCCUGGGAGUCGACAGCAAUUGGAAACGACUCGUGGUACAGCACGACUUUUAUGCUCUCUAGUAGCAGCACCUAG